UAUUUUCAUUUAAAUUUAUAUUUUAACUACCCAAGCUCUCUUUUCCUAGACCUAUUUUCGCGUUCUGACGGUCAGCCACCGCCCCCAUUGCACCACGCCCCGCCGCCGCCGUUCCUGCCCGACGCCGUCUCAGCUCCUGCCGCCGCACGCUGCACUUUCAGCCUGCCGACGAAAUUGUGGCCGACCCCUCCCUCCCACACUGAGCAAUCAGAGUUACUUAUCUCUGCCUUCUUCUCAGAAACACAGUGGUUCAGCCCCUAAACCCUAGGGUUCAAACAGGGGUAACUAUUCCACUGAGAACAACCUUCAUUCUCCAUCGUUUCAUAAGUUUCAUAGUAAAAGAUGCAGCACGACGAAGUAAUAUGGCAGGUCAUCCGCCACAAUCACUGCAGUUUCAUGGCCAAGAUUACAACUGGGAAAUUCUGUAGAAACCCUUACAAUGUUACUGGGAUAUGUAAUCGGAGUUCAUGUCCUUUGGCUAACAGUCGCUAUGCUACUAUUCGUGACCAUGAUGGAGUUUUCUAUCUUUAUAUGAAAACAAUUGAAAGAGCUCAUAAGCCAAAUGAGUUGUGGGAAAGAGUUAAGUUGCCCAGAAAUUAUGAGAAGGCACUGGAAAUUAUAGAUAAACAUCUGAUGUAUUGGCCUAAGAUACUUGUACACAAGACAAAGCAACGAUUGACUAAAAUGACCCAAAUGCGGAUUCGAAUGAGGAAGCUUGCUUUGAAAACAAGGGAGAAAAUAAUGACAACACCCAGGAAGGAGAUUAAAAGAGAAGCCAGGAGGGAGCAGAAGGCUGAGAAAGCAGCAUUGUUGGAUAAGAGCAUUGAAAAGGAACUACUGGAACGUCUUAAAAAAGGAGUGUAUGGUGAUAUAUACAACUAUCCUGUCGAAGCAUAUAACGAAGUUCUUGAAAUGGAAGAAUUGCAGGCUGCCAGUGAAGAGGAGGAGGAACCUGAAAUUGAAUAUGUUGAAGGGUAUGAAGAAUUAGAAGAAGAAGAAGAUAUGGAAGAUUUUGGCGGUCUUGCAAUCCAUAAUCCAGAAGCAGAUGAAGAUAGUGGUAAUGCAGAUGGACUAGAUGAAGACCUUGAAGACAUAGACAUUCCUCACAAGAGAGGAAAAAAGGAGUCUACUACUUCUUUGAGGAAGCUCGAGAAAGAUGCCCGUGCCAAACUGAAGAAGAAAGCGAGGGUUAUAGUUGAGGUUGAGAAUGAAGAAGCUGAUGAGCGGCAAACAACAGUCCAUUAGAAUGUUCCUUGGCAGCAGGAGUUGUACAAGAGGAGGCUAAAGAGAGGUUCCAAGGAAAAGCCAUUUUCCAUUGUAAUGAGACAAGUUGCGGGAGUGGUAAGAGUUUUGUUAAUUAACAAUUCAAUUUUGCUGUCUCAAGAGGAAAUGCAUUCAUUAGGUCCAAGGAAACACAUACAGCAUUUUCCUUCUCCGAGGGUUUACCUACCAGUCAAGGUUUCACAAAUUAAGGCCUUUUUAUUUAUUAUUAUUAUUAUUAUUAUUUUCAAUUUCUCAUUUUUGUUUCGGUUAUUGGAGCACACUUCAAAUCCCAUCCUCAAAUUUUCAUCGAUACGCAUGCUGUUGUAUCUUUUGUCAUAAUUAUGGAACUUGCAUUGCAGAUACAAAAAUUCAAAAACUAGAUAGAUAGAUAGAUAGAAUCAAUCAUGAAACAUGCUCUGUUGGGAUUGGCAUUUCAUGGCAUUGUAUUGUUAAUAAAAGGUGCACCAGCCCUCCAGAAAAUGACAGUCCUGGUUUUGAAAAAUCUGAUUUCUUGAUACAAUAUAAUGUUAAAAACCA